AUGGCCGCACAAUCGAAACCUGCCCCGUUACCAUCAUGGGGUUAUGCUGUAGCUGGUUCCACUGGAGCUGUCUUAGCUAACGCUCUGGUAUAUCCCCUAGAUAUAGUAAAGACACGAUUGCAAGUCCAGGUAAAACGGAAACCCGGAGAGACGAGCGAACAUACCGAUCCCCAUUACGCCUCGACGUGGGACGCCAUCACUAAGAUUGCUGCCGAAGAUGGAAUCCAAGGAUUAUAUGCGGGUAUCAACGGCGCUCUGCUGGGAGUAGCCUCUACUAACUUCGCCUACUUCUAUUGGUACUCGACCGUGCGGGAGCUCUAUUUUAAGUCGCAAAAAGUGUCUGCGCCGCCAUCUACGGCUGUCGAAUUGAUGCUUGGAGCUAUAGCUGGUGCUGUAGCCCAACUGUGCACGAUUCCCGUUGCCGUGGUCACGACGAGACAGCAGACGCAGAGCAAGGCGGAUAGGAAAGGUCUGAUAGAUACGGCCCGUGAGGUUAUCAACAGUGAGGAUGGAGUAUUCGGUCUCUGGAGGGGACUCAAAGCGAGCUUGGUGUUGGUUGUCAACCCAGCUAUCACCUAUGGUGCAUACGAACGGCUAAAGGGCGCCUUGUUCCCCGGGAAGACUCGUCUGACUGCGGGAGAAGCUUUCCUUCUUGGCGCCAUGUCGAAAGCGUUGGCCACCAUUGUCACGCAACCCCUUAUAGUUGCUAAAGUCGGCUUGCAAUCAAAGCCUCCGCCGCAGCGGCAGGGGAAACCAUUCAAAGGAUUCAUCGAAGUCAUGCAAUUCAUCGUCAAGCAUGAAGGCUUAUCGAGCCUCUUCAAGGGCAUUGGCCCCCAGAUCGCAAAGGGCUUUUUGGUGCAAGGUUUACUUAUGAUGACUAAAGAGCGGAUGGAAUUCCUAUUCAUCCUACUAUUUAGAUACGUCCGGAAGCUCCGUUCGGAGCAGCUUGCUAAAGCGGCUGCACUAGCAGCGACUGCUGCUUCCAAGGCCAAGGCCGUUGUCCCUGUCACAACUAAAUAA